CGGCGAGAACUCGCUCAGAUCGCAAGUCCCUUCGCACAUCGGUGUCCUGUCUCUCUGCCAAAACUGUGCUGGCUCAGUCAACGCGGCCCAGGUCAAGUUGCCCUCAGCUAAAUAUAUUUCAGUCCAGACGUCACUGUUUUCCAUACGGACCAGGUGGUGCAACUGUAACAAGUUCUGCGACUUGAGACUCAAAUAUGGGAUCUGAAGCCCCAAACGCUACUAUGGCACGCUGUCCUUUUGUUGCACCAUUCUCAGAAACCUACUUUGCAGAAAUAUCUACCGGGGAAGUGGCGGCACUUGCAGUUGGUGCAGUGAUUACUUUAGCUAAUGUCGUCAUGUUUGUGGAGAGCGCCAGGUUUUUGGUCAAACACUUGCCUGUUCAGAAGGCAAACGCUUUGUCCAUAUGGUUGACUGGCCUACCAACAGUGUUUGCAGUGACAUCCUUGGUAGCUGUGUUAGUACCGCGAUCUGCCUUGCUGUCGGAUCUACUGGCGGCCAUCUACGCAUCCUUCUGUGUGUUUAUCUUCAUCAAACUGCUGAUCCACUACUAUGGAGGGGAGCAAGCUCUCAUCGAUCACAUGUCAGGGGAGACAAUCAACCUGCGCAGCCCUCCCGUCGCCUGCUGCUGCGUCUGCUGCCCAAAGAUAGCUGUCAAUGAGAAGAACCUUUUCAGAAUCAAGAUGUCUGUUUUACAAUUUGCCAUCAUGAGACCGAUCAUGGUACUUGUGACUAUUUCGGUGUGGUCGGAUAACAAAUAUGUGAGGGGACUGAUGAUGCCACUUCAGGCCUUCCCGUACCUGAAUGUGUUGAAUGUUGCGUCCACAAUGCUAGCCAUCUAUGGCUCAAUCCUUUUAUUCAGACCGUCCAGAAAACACCUUAAGGCGUUCAACAUUGGCCCAAAGUUCCUCUGCUGUCAGCUAGUGCUUGUCCUCAGCGACAUGCAGACAGCUGUCUUCGAUAAUCUGGCACUCAACAACAUUCCUCCCUGUACACCAAUACUGUCUUCUGCCACACGAGGUGACGUUUGGAACCACCUGAUUAUGAUUGUGGAAAUGUUCUUGAUAGCUCUGCUUGCCCGGCACCUUUAUCGCAGGAUAGAUGGAUCACAGGUCAUCGCAGAUGUUGAUGUUAUGAGCUCAGGUGACAAAAACACAGCACAGCACGAGAAUUCUUCCUUGAACAAUGACACCAACAUAUUGAAGCACACUAGCAGUGAAAAGGAAUCGGAGGACCACACUAAUUACAUGUAGAUGUUGAGUAGAGUGCAUACAGGAACUGCUAUGUUGCAGAUUGAUGGAAACAGAGGACUGUGACACAGGGCACAGGACCGUGUUUCACAAAACGACUUGUGUUAUUAUACUUUACAUAGACACAAAAAACAUACGAUGUAGCAUAAUAUCAAGGAACGAUUUGAAGAAGUCUAAAGAGAUGGGAAAACUGCUUCAGUAGUUAACCAAUCAGUUCUAUAUGGUGUGCAGUUAAGUUGUUUUCUAGAAAUAUUGAAUACAUUUAUUUUUUCUGAUGAAGUUCUUUAAUACUUAAAUACCAUUCUUGGCAUGUUAAUGCUUGGAAAGCUACGUUCGUUUUGAAACAGAUAAGAAUGUCACUUUAGCUUAUUGCACCCCUUGUGAUCGUGUAUGGCAAGCGAUCUCUCCACAAAGGAAGUGAACUCUUUCCUCUGCAAGAGGUAAGUUUGCAAACAUUUCAGUGCAGUAUUUUCCCAAAUUACUCGAGUUAUACGCAUUUAUCAAAACACCUUGUCAAUGCUGUAAAAGACAUUAAAUGAAGUACACGCAAACAAGUGUGUUCCUUCUUUAGUAAAAACCAAAAUUAUUUGGUAGUGAUGGCAGAUAAGUGUUGCUUUUAAAAUAUCAGCGGAUUAAAUAUAACGUGUAAGAACUCGAGUAGGAAAAUGCUGCACUGAAACGAUAUUUGCAAACGUACACGACCACAGGGAUACAUUUUGGUCAUUUACGACACAGGUAUUACUACUCUGUACCCAGGUAAUCAAUAUCUUUUUGGUACCCAGUCGCACAAUUCACAUUUUAUAUGAAGGCUGUUUAGUGAGGUUGCAAAAAGGCCAUCCAAAACAGUGUUGGCAAUAUAACAGCCACACAAACACCGGACAUAGUGUCGAGUCUAGAUUGGAGUGCACAAGACUGUACCCGUGUAAAUAGUUGUAUGACAUGUGGUGACAACCCGAAUAGACUCACUCACUUGUACUAGUUUGGUAUGCCUGUGUUUCUGUUGCACAAUGAGUAACCAGUCACAGAAAUAUGAAGGCUGUUUGGUGAGGUUGCAAAAAGGCCAUCCAAAACAGUGUUGGCUCUAUAACAGCCAUACAAACACCGGACAUAGUGUCGAGUCUAGAUUGGAGUGCACAAGACUGUAUCCGUGUAAAUAGUUGUAUGACAUGUGGUGACAACCCGAAUAGACUCACUCACUUGUACUAGUUUGGUAUGCCUGUGUUUCUGUUGCACAAUGAGUAACUAGUCACAGAAAUAUCAACACAUUUACUCAUCUACAUGUUUUAAUAUGUUUGUUUUUGAUUAAAUAGUCAGCACUAUUCUAGCUAGAUGACAGAUGCCUGUAAAUAAUUGCAUCUGGACCAGACAGUCCAGUGAUAUUUUAAACAUGGUAUGAUGACACAUUAUUAACCAUCUAUUUGGUCUCUUCUUACGACCAGCACAGGUUGCUGGGGACCUAUUUUAACCCAGCUUCCACUCAUACAUGUCACAGGUAUCAAGUCUUUUAGAGUUAGAAAGAUAUGCUAUUAAUAACAAUAUUCCCGCAAUAUCACUGUAUAGUACACAACGUUUCUGUGUUUACGCAGAGACUUAAACAUACCAAUUCCCAAGUCUGAUGUAUACAUAUGCUUUUUGAGUGUUUUACCUAAAGGCCAGAAGACUGGGAACUUAUGAAAUAAGUAUGCAUAUUGUGUCAGUUACUUAUGGACACUGAUGUCUUUCAUUUGGUAAACCAUAAUGUGAACUAAAAAUGUUCGUGGUGAUAUUAUUUUUGUCAUACAUGUGUAUAUAUUUUUGUCCUCCAAUACAAGUGUUAUGAGCAUUAACUAACACAAUCAUGCUUUUACAGAAAUCAUAUGGGUAUUUGAACAAAGCACCUCUUUUAUAGAGUAAUAAAACUUUAUACAUUCGG